GUCCCAGCCUUUACUCUCUUCGAGACUUACAAGCAACUGAAGGAAUAAGUAAUGGAGGGGGCGGAGCUACGACAUGGAAUUGGUUUUUCUUCCCAGAUGGCGUAUUCGAGCGUUGCGAUCGCGAAUGAUCUUCGUUCUUUAGUUUCCCUCGUGGGUAGUCUUCUUUUUAUUUCGUUAACUUUAAUACAACCUCUUAAGAAAAUAAUUGGGUCAAGUUGACUAUGUAAACUAUAAAAUGCCUUCCUGGCAGCCUCUCUCUCACCCGAAAGAAUUUUUUGGUUGCACUUUUGAUAGCAUCUGCAUUUUGUAUCGACAAAUGUUUUUGCAGGUAUUUAAUUUCCUUCCCUAUUCUUGUAUUCCAAACCUUUUGUUCUGUUAUGCUUUUGUAAAUUUCGUGUCCAUUUAUCAGGAUUACGACUUCUUUUCCUCCCAAUCAAUGUGUUUGUUGGGAAAUUUGAACUGUUGAAAUCAGAUGAAUCCGAGGAAAACGAUAGACGUCUUCUUGAACCAGAAUUUCUGUUGAUAAAUCGUAUUGAAGAACCAUCACUGUUUUUUCCUCAUCAACAUUGUUAUUAGUCUCACUCAUCUUGAUUAUAACGGUAUAAUAUUUAUUUUAAUAAAAACAAGCUUUCAUAAAGUUCUGGAGAAUCUUCCGGAGGUACGGAGGGAAGCCAAUUCAGCCUGUUUAAGAGCAGCAAAAAGUCCGUCUACUGGGAUGCUAUAUACAAGCCAGUGGAUUUAUGAGUGCCUGUUACUGAAAAUUAACAGCACUAAGGCGUAUAAUCACUUAAGAAAUCACCAACUUUUAAAACUCCCAUCACCUGCAACUCUUUACAGGUAUUUAAGAAAUGUAAAGGGUUGCUAUGGAUUUCAAUCUUCUAUAUUCAAAUGCCUGGAAGGGAAAUCUAAAGUCAUGAUUAUGGCAAACAAAAGGGUAAUGCUUGUAGGAUGUCUUCUUAUUGACAAGAUGAAGGUCAGCCCUACACUUGUCUUUGACAAGAAAUCCCUGGAAAUCCAUGGCUUUACAGACUUAGGUCAUUAUACCCCUUCUUCGCAAACAUCACAGACAGGUGACCAUGCUUUGGUCCUCAUGUUUCAACCCUUCAGAGGAAAGUGGAUGCAAACAAUUGCUUGUUUCCUGUCAAAAAAUGCUGCCUCAGGUACAGUUUUGCGCCAUCUUAUUAUAGAGGCUGUAGUAACAUUGAUGGAAAGGAAUGGUUUUUUCGUUGAUGCUGUGGUGUGUGAUGGUGCUACUUGGAACCGCAGCAUGUUUAAAAAAUGUGGUAUUUCUUAGGACAGUGUUAGCUGUGAAUAUAUUACUGAUCCAACUAGACGGCUGUGGUUUAUCUCAAAAAUUUUCCACUCCUUAUAAAGAAUUUGAGAAAUGCUAUGACACCUGAUGGCAAGGUUGACAUAAAAUUCUUUGAUGCCAUUGUAGAAUGUGAUGGGCCUACACGGUUUGAUAUAAAACUAUUCUCAAAACUAACACCUGAUCACAUUAGGCCAAAGUUUUACCAAAAAAUGAAUGUUGCCAUGGCAUUUCAGGCAAUUUUUUAAAGUAAUAUUUUUUCUUUCUGAAGUUUUUUUCAUGUACUCAUGCUUUUCUUAUGAAAUAAUUUAU